AGCCUCACUCUUAAAAUAUGGAGUCGGUUUUUAAUAAUGAACAUGAAUUGUUGUCCCUACAUGAAAGCAUCAGUGCUGCUUCAUCCAGGAAUGGUGGGUUUAGGAGUCGCUCCUGUGAAGACAAAGUCACUCCUGCAACACAUGCAGUGAAACUGUACAAACUGGUUGCUGUCAUCAUUGGAGUCAUAUGUGUACUACAGGCUGCUCUGAACAUCUCCUUUUGUCUUGUUCUCUACCUUAAAGCUGGAAACAAAACACUGACUGAAGAAGUUGAUGAACUGAGGAUCAGCCUUGGUGAAAACCCGCCGCUGCUUCAAGCCUUUGGUUGGGGUAUUGAGGCAGUGGAAAAACAGGACCUCAGCACGAGGCUGAAUAUUUGCACUUCAGGGAAGAACUCCUUGUCUACAGAAAAAGAUGAAUUAAAGAAGAAAGUGGAUGAUUUUGUAUCACAAAUGAAUUCCCUGACUGAAGAGAGGAACACAUUAAAUGAUACAAGAACUGCUAUUGAGGCCACAUCCAGAAGUCUUACAACAGAACAAGACAACCUGAAGAGGCAACUGAAUUUGUGCACUUCACAGCAAACCUCUCUGACUAAUGAGAGCGACAAGCUAAAGAAGACAAACACUGCUAUUGAGGCCACAUCCAGAAGUCUCACAACAGAACGAGACAACCUAAAGAAGCAACUGAACACCUGCGCUUCACAGCAAACCUCUCUGACUAAUGAGAGCGACACGCUAAAGAAGACAAACACUGCAAUUGAGGCCACAUCCAGAAGUCUCACAACAGAAAGAGACAACUUGAAGAAACAACUGAACACCUGCACUUCACAGCAAAACUCUGUGACUAAUGAGAGAGACACGCUAAAGAGGACAAACACUGCUAUUGAGGCCACAUCCAGAGGUCUCACAACAGAACGAGACAACCUAAAGAAGCAACUGAACACCUGCGCUUCACAGCAAACCUCUCUGACUAAUGAGAGCGACACGCUAAAGAAGACAAACACUGCAAUUGAGGCCACAUCCAGAAGUCUCACAACAGAAAGAGACAACUUGAAGAAACAACUGAACACCUGCACUUCACAGCAAAACUCUGUGACUAAUGAGAGAGACACGCUAAAGAGGACAAACACUGCUAUUGAGGCCACAUCCAGAAGUCUCACAACAGAACGAGACAACCUAAAGAAGCAACUGAACACCUGCGCUUCACAGCAAACCUCUCUGACUAAUGAGAGCGACACGCUAAAGAAGACAAACACUGCAAUUGAGGCCACAUCCAGAAGUCUCACAACAGAAAGAGACAACUUGAAGAAACAACUGAACACCUGCACUUCACAGCAAAACUCUGUGACUAAUGAGAGAGACACGCUAAAGAGGACAAACACUGCUAUUGAGGCCACAUCCAGAAGUCUCACAACAGAACGAGACAACCUAAAGAAGCAACUGAACACCUGCGCUUCACAGCAAACCUCUCUGACUAAUGAGAGCGACACGCUAAAGAAGACAAACACUGCAAUUGAGGCCACAUCCAGAAGUCUCACAACAGAAAGAGACAACUUGAAGAAACAACUGAACACCUGCACUUCACAGCAAAACUCUGUGACUAAUGAGAGAGACACGCUAAAGAGGACAAACACUGCAAUUGAGGCCACAUCCAGAAGUCUAACAACAGAAAGAGACAACCUGAAGAAGCAACUGAACACCUGCACUUUGACACAAAACUCUGUGACUAAAGAGAGAGACACGCUAAAGAGGACAAACACUGGUAUCGAAGCCAGGUCCAGAAUUCUGUCUCUGGAAAAAGAUCAGCUCAACAGGACACUGAAUACCUGCACUUUGUCGGAGGUCUCCUUGAUUACAGAAAAAGAUAAACUGCAGAAGAAAUUGAGUGAUUUUGCUCAGUUUGUGCAGAAGAAAUGGCUGUAUUUCAGUGGUAGCUUCUAUUAUAUUUCUACAACCAUGAAGACCUGGCAAAGCAGUCAGUAUGACUGCUGGCGUCAAGGGGCAGACCUGGUAAUCAUAAACAGCAACGAAGAAGAGCAAUUUACAAGGAAGUUUGCAAAGAAGGCCUGGAUUGGUCUAACUGACAGAGUACGAGAGGGGUCCUGGAAAUGGGUGGAUGGGACUCCGCUAACAAGAAGCUACUGGUGCACUGGAGAACCUAACCAUUAUUUCCGCAGAAAUGAGGACUGUGUAGAGAUACAGAAAUUCGACUCUGAACGCAGCUGGAAUGAUGCUGAAUGUACAAAUGAAAACUACUGGAUCUGUGAAAAGAAACUUGAUAUUUAACACAGGAACCUAAAAUGUCUUCAUGUUUUCUACUGAGAGGCGUUUCAGAAAAGUGGCUUAUAAGACAAAAA